CCUCAUCAGGACUAUAGGACAUAGUCUCGACAGAAUGUGAAGCUAUAUAGUACAGAAGGAUGAACAAUAACAUGAGCAAUUUUACUUCCGUAUCUACUUUUCUGCUGCUGGAAUUCUCAAAUGUCCGAGAGCUACAGAUUGUACAUUUCUUUGUAUUCCUAGCCUUAUACUUAAUCGCAAUAACAGGAAAUCUUCUCAUCAUCAUUGCAGUGACCCUUGAUCACCACCUACACACUCCCAUGUUCUUCUUUGUAUUAAAUUUGGCUAUGAUGGACAUUGGGACAAUUUCAGUUAUAGUACCUAAAUCAAUGGCAAUGUCCCUCACAAAUAACAGGUCAAUCUCUUUUUCUGGAUGUGUGGCUCAGGUUUUCUCUUAUAUGUUCUGUGUAUCAUCAGAUUUCUUUCUCUUGAUUAUAAUGGCCCAUGAUCGCUAUGUCGCAAUCUGCAACCCACUCCAGUAUGAGAGAAUUAUGCAUAAAGGAGCUUGCCUUCAGAUGGUAGUCAUUAUGUGGAUUACUAGUCUUUCCUAUGCCAUAUUACACACUGGUGGUACAUUUGCUAAUACUUUCUGUUCUAACAUGGUCAAUCAGUUUUUCUGUGAAGUCCCACAGUUAUUAAAACUCACCUGCUCUAAAACCUUUUUAGUUGAAGGGGGGCUUCUUAUACUAAGUUGUAUUAUAGGACUAGGAGGUUUUAUCUUCAUCAUCAUCACAUAUUUUCAGAUCUUUGCUGCAGUGCUUAGGAUUCCCUCUGUGCACGGACAGAAGAAAGCCCUAUCAACUUGUCUUCCCCACCUUGUAGUUGUCUCAGUGUUCACAUUCACUGGAGUCUUUGCUUAUGCAAAGCCUCCCAGUAAUAUUUCUUCUGGUCUGGAUUUAGCUUUUGCUGUGAUGUAUACCAUAAUCCCUUCCAUCCUGAAUCCAUUAAUCUAUGGCAUGAGAAACAAAGAACUGAAGACAGCAUUGCGGAAAUUGUUAGAUUUGGAGUUUUCCUCUAAAAUCAUCUUUAAACAUCUUCACAAUUAG